CAGGAAGCACAAGAACUCCAACCAGUUCCAAGAAGAAGAAGAAGAACAAGACAACGAUAAAUUGCUGACCUGCUGACGCUUCUCCGAUCGUCACCCUCUUCCCUUUUUUUGGUUUGUUAACACAUCACAGCAAAAGACCAUCAGAAGCAAACCAAAUGCUGCAAGAAACCGCCUCUUAAUGACUCUCUGUUAACUAAACCACCACUCCAAGUAAACAAAUUGUUUCCGCAAAACCAAGAACCUUGCUGUGUUUUUUAACCACAAACUGGGUUUCGAGCUCUCAGUUCCAUCAUGGCUGUGGCAAUGAGAGGAGUUGAGUUUAAGAUAGUGGUGCUUUUGGUGGUGGGAGUUUUGGCGACGGCGUCGUUUUGCACGACGGUUAGUUACGACCACAGGGCGCUUGUGAUCGAUGGAAAGCGAAGAGUUUUAGUCUCUGGCUCCAUUCACUACCCUCGUAGCACUCCAGAGAUGUGGCCGGACCUUAUUCAGAAAUCCAAGGAUGGAGGAUUGGAUGUGAUCGAGACCUAUGUGUUCUGGAACUCACAUGAACCAGUUCGAGGCCAGUAUAACUUUGAGGGUAGGAACGAUUUGGUUCGAUUCGUGAAGGCAGUAGCAGAAGCAGGUCUCUAUGUGCAUCUCCGAAUCGGGCCUUAUGUGUGUGCAGAAUGGAAUUACGGUGGCUUUCCUCUUUGGCUGCAUUUCAUACCCGGAAUUAAGUUGCGGACUGAUAAUGAGCCCUACAAGGCAGAAAUGCAGCGGUUCACGGCCAAAAUCGUUGACAUGAUGAAGAAUGAGAAGCUUUAUGCUUCUCAGGGAGGACCCAUCAUUCUAUCCCAGAUCGAAAAUGAGUAUGGAAACAUUGAUAAAGCAUAUGGGCCUGCUGCCAAAACGUACAUUAACUGGGCAGCGAACAUGGCUGUGUCUUUGGAUACAGGUGUGCCCUGGGUCAUGUGCCAGCAAGCUGAUGCUCCUUCUUCAGUGAUUAACACUUGCAAUGGAUUUUACUGCGAUCAAUUUACCCCAAAUUCUAACAGUACACCAAAAAUUUGGACUGAGAAUUGGAGUGGAUGGUUUCUUUCCUUUGGUGGUGCUGUACCUCAGAGACCGGUGGAAGACCUUGCAUUUGCUGUAGCACGCUUCUACCAGCGAGGUGGAACUUUCCAGAAUUACUAUAUGUACCAUGGCGGAACCAACUUUGGGCGGUCUAGUGGAGGUCCUUUUAUUUCUACAAGUUAUGACUAUGAUGCUCCACUUGAUGAGUAUGGACUUCUUAGGCAGCCGAAGUGGGGUCAUCUAAAAGAUGUGCAUAAGGCUAUAAAGCUUUGUGAAGCUGCAAUGGUGGCUACUGACCCGUCAAUUUCUACACUGGGCCGAAACAUUGAGGCAGCUGUUUACAAAACAGGAUCAGUAUGUUCUGCUUUUCUUGCCAAUGUUGACACCAAAUCUGAUGCCACUGUGACUUUCAAUGGAAAUUCAUAUCAAUUGCCUGCAUGGUCUGUGAGCAUCUUACCUGACUGCAAAAACGUAGUUCUUAACACUGCAAAGAUUAAUGCUGCCGCUAUGAUUCCAAGCUUCACGCGUCAAUCAGUUUCAGCUGAUGUUAAACCCACUGAAGCUGUGGGCUCAAGCUGGAGUUGGAUCAAUGAACCAGUGGGCAUCUCAAAGCGUGAUGCAUUUACUAGAAAAGGAUUAUUGGAGCAGAUAAACACUACAGCUGAUAAAAGUGACUAUUUAUGGUACUCUACCAGCAUCGAUGUCAAAGGUGGAUAUAAAGCUGAUCUUCAUGUGCAAUCACUUGGUCAUGCUCUUCAUGCUUUUGUCAAUGGAAAGCUUGCAGGGAGUGGAACAGGCAACAGUGGCAAUGCCAAGGUUUCCGUGGAGAUCCCUGUUGAAUUUGCAUCUGGGAAGAACACAAUUGAUCUUCUGAGUCUGACCGUUGGGCUUCAGAACUAUGGAGCAUUCUUUGACUUAGCUGGUGCUGGAAUCACUGGUCCUGUACAACUGAAAGGCUCAACAAAUGGCACUACUAUUGAUCUUUCUUCACAGCAAUGGACCUAUCAGAUCGGACUUAAAGGUGAAGAUGAAGACCUUCCCAGUGGAAGUUCUCAGUGGAUCUCACAACCUACCUUGCCCAAGAAUCAGCCCUUGACGUGGUACAAGACCCAAUUUGACACCUCUGGAGGCAGUAACCCUGUUGCACUAGACUUCACAGGAAUGGGGAAGGGUGAGGCAUGGGUGAAUGGACAAAGCAUCGGACGUUACUGGCCAACUAAUAUUGCUCCAAAAACUGGUUGCAGUGUCACAUGCAAUUACAGAGGAGCUUAUAGUGCAGACAAAUGUCGAAAGAACUGUGGAAAGCCAUCUCAGGAACUGUACCACGUUCCUCGUUCAUGGAUGAAAUCUAGUGGCAAUACUCUUGUACUAUUUGAGGAAGUUGGGGGUGAUCCAACACAGUUAUCUUUUGCCACAAAACAGGUAGAAAGUUUGUGCUCCCAUGUAUCAGAGUCCCACCCAUCACCUGUUGAUAUGUGGAGUUCAGAUUCAAAAGCGGGAAGGAAGUCACAGCCUAGGCUAUCUCUUGAGUGCCCAUUUCCUAAUCAGGUCAUUUCCUCAAUAAAGUUUGCAAGUUACGGGAAACCUAGUGGGACUUGUGGGAGCUUUAGCCAUGGCUCUUGUCAGAGCACUAGAGCUCUAUCCAUUGUACAGAAGGCGUGUGUUGGAUCAAAGAGUUGUAGCAUCGAAGUAUCAACUAAUACAUUUGGUGACCCAUGUAAAGGAGAAGCAAAGAGUUUAGCAGUGGAAGCUUCUUGUAAAUAGACUUUGUGGGAGACAAGUAAAUCGUUAUAUCCAAUUAUGUCUAGCUCUCAGUGAAUAAAGUUAAUUGGAUUAAUAUCAAUAAAAU